CUCUACUAGUGUCUCCGGUGGACACGCAGCGUAGCGUGUUACCUUCUUAUCAUUCCCCUGGUGCUUUCUCAAAGCCUGAGCCUGAGCACAGAUGGCAGCGAAGCAUGCCAAGCCCAACUUCAGUCAAUCUCAAGUGUCUGAGAUGGUGAAGAGGCUGUUCAAGCUGACGCCAUCAGAAAUUCGCUCUUUACCCAGCUACGAUGACCAGAACUUCUACAUGGCGCCUGUGGAGGGUGGCGAGUACGUCCUGAAGAUCAUGAACUCAGAAGACAGUAAGAACCCUAACCUGGUUGAGGUGCAGACGUAUGCCAUGUCUUUCCUGCACCAGAACGGUCUUCCUGCACAGACAGCCCUGCCCACCGCCUCAGGACAGCUCAUGAGUCUGGAAGAAAUAGAUUGUGGCUAUGGCUGUCAGAAGUACCUGGUGCGGCUGUUGACUUAUUUGCCUGGAACUACUAUUUCCAAGGUUCCUUUAACACCACAGUUACUGUAUGAAACUGGGAAGACAGCAGCCAGAAUGGACAAAAUCCUGCAAGAGAUGGAACACCCUCAUCUCAAUUUGCUGCAGAGGGAGAAGUUCAUAUGGAGUCUGUCAAAUCUCACCCUCCUGGAAGCAUACAUCUAUGUAUUAGAUGGAGAUCCUCUUCAGGAGAUUGUGAAGUCCGUCAUUCAUCAGUACAAGACCUCUGUGGUCCCGAAACGCCCCGAUUUCCGCAAGUGCAUUAACCAUGGCGACUUCAAUGACCUCAAUGUGCUUGUGCAGCCUGAUGAGAGUGACGGCUACAGGAUUUCCGGCAUCCUUGACUUUGGGGACAUGAACAGUGGCUACUACAUCCAUGAGCUAGCCAUCAAUAUCAUGUACAUGAUGACGGAGCAUCCUAACCCCAUUGAGGUGGGUGGACCGGUCCUCGCGGGCUGGGAGAGCAUACUUCCUCUCAAAGAGGCGGAGAAAGAAUGUCUCUAUGUGCUGGUGCUGUCCCGCUUCUGCCAGUCUUUGGUGUUAGCUCGUUACUCUGUGACCUUGCAUCCGGAAAAUGCAGAGUAUCUGAUGAUUUCAUCAAAGAGGGGAAUCUCCAUCUUCCAUCAACUCUUUGAGCUCGGAAGGGAGCAGGUGGAGAAGGUGUGGUUUCAGAGUGCUGCUCAGUUCAGUGACAGAAAGUGAGGAAUAUGUGAGGGAAGCCAUUCACAAGCCACACAAUAGGAAUAUUGCACUGUGGUUUUUGCCCAGAUGAAUAACAAUUUUUAGGAUCACCGGUUGAAAAUAGACAAUAGAUGAUGUUUCCAGUGAAAAUGAUAAUGCUGCAAUGUGUCUGGAUUAGAUAUACAAGAAAAAACAUCUCUACAAUUACCUAAUAACUCAUCAGGAAGGGUCAUUAUUUCUGGCAAUGAUAAUUGACCAGUCAGUACAUUUAAGUAACUGAAUCAUGUUUAAUAAGUGCCUAAAGUCGUUAGGGUUUUACACUUCACUGGGCUUGUGUACCAAGGUGCUACUCUAUGGUAACAAACCAGUGGGAUGGACAUCAACCUAAACGGUGCAAGCAAUGUCUGUGUCCUGAGUCACUCCUCGUCUACUGUAGAGGGCAGUAUUUUUACUGUCUGUCAUUUUUGCUUGGCAUUUUACAGAUACAAAAAUUAACAGUUGAAUGACACUACAGCUGCCAGCGAUGAAGCAAAAUGACAGUGAUUAAUAAGUGAAAAACACUAUAGAUUAAGCUAUUGUCUAUUAUAUAGGGAGUAAAUCAGUGAACAAGGGAGGGGUUUUUAAAUAAAUACUGCAUAGCUGUGACAGGUUUGACAGGUUUAUCAGUGUGUCCUUUUUAUAAUGGGGUGUACAGAUGAUGCAGUGGUUAAAGGUGCUGUCCACAAGGACAAAGAAACUGGGGUUGAUUCCCUGUAGCUGGAUGAAGUAACACAAUCUGAUGUGUGUUUGUGGAGGGGAAGGUUCACAUCACAUCUUGUGCCUUAAGUGAAAUCCUCAUGGGAUGUAUGCACACCAUGUAUCUAUAGGUCCCUAUAGUUGACACUAUUUGUGUGCCACUAAAAUCCAUCAGUUCAUGGUGCAUCCUGACUGUAAGUACUUCCCUUUUUACUGUAAGUUUGUAAUGGUAAUGAAGCAUGAAUGACAAGGAGAGCUGAGAUACAAUGUCAUAGGACAGACAACAGAUCUUGCGCCUUGACAACUAAGUUUCAUCUGGUUUGCCAAACAAGAGGAUAAAUUUAACACUCAGGUUACAUCUCAAUAAAGUGCAAUAAGUCAUAGGUUCAGAUUAGCAGUCCUACAAUAUGGAUUGUUGUCAAAUCCUUUUUUAGUAGGAAAUUUAGUGUACCUGAACUUUUUAAAAUGUGUGUUUGAUGCUUUAACUCAGUCCAAAUGUUAAUGGUAAUACUUUUAU